AUGCGUGUAUUGGAGAAGUGUCUUCCUCGAAACGAUAUUGUACGAGAAUUAGCACCAUAUUUGCAGCAUGUACAUCAGGAUGACACGCUGGAUGAUGAUAACCGACGUGGGGACAUGGGUGGCCCUUGGAUGCGGUCCCAGUCCCCACGAGGAAUUGAUAAGGACUCAGCAACAUCUAGUGACUCAUUACGUCACGUGAAUGCGAAUUACCCUUUGCGACACAGUUUAGACUGUGAAUUGAGUCUGCAAACGGAUAAUAAUAUGAACCAGACUCGACCGCUUGGUAGAAUGAGCAGGAGAAAGCCUGAUACAAAUGGUACAUACGAAAGAAAUUUUCAGGAAUCCGGUCGUAUCACUCCUGGUAAGGAGAAACCCAAUUUAACCGAGAUUUCAACGAAUCAGGACGGAUAUCGAUCAUUCACGUCUUCAAGAAAUUCUCAAAAUCAAUCUACUGAGAGAGAGAACCCCACGUUACUUCGUCUAACGAGAAUGGAAGCAGAUAGUGGAGGAAGCAGCACUCAGAGUUUGGAUGUAUCAGGUUCCGAGUAUUCUGGAGUAGGAUCAAACAAUGCGACGUUUAGUAAACGGGUCAUGGUUAACAAAAUCAAGACGGAUUUGGGAGAUCUUACGCCCGUAAGAUGGGAAAAGGUGGUAAUUGUGCAGGUUUCCGUACAGGGUUUUCGUGAGAUGAUGAGUCAGGCAAAAGACUUAAUGGAGGACGCAAAGCUCCUGUAUGAACAUACGGUAUUGUCUCGACUGGCGUCGGAGUAUGGUGGACAGGAAAUUUUGAGUCACUCGAGAUCGGGACUUUUUGUUAUUGCUUUUGCCUCGGAAUUUCACGCUGCUAAGUGGUGUCUAUCGCUACAACUUAGUCUUGUAUAUGCUGCAUGGAACGAUAAAUUACUAAAGCAAUUUGACGACAUGAAAGAAGUCUCUGUGACAACGAAUGGCAAGACAAAGAAAAAUUUGCUUUUGUAUCGCGGCUUUCGCGUACGAAUGGUAAUCCAUACGGCAGAUCCAGAUAUCAAUUCGGAGCUGUCACUAUGCGAAGCAGUUAAGUGGACAAAAACUGUGAGUGAGUACGCUUAUGGAGGACAGAUCGUGUUAAGUGAUAAUGUGUGGGAUAGGUUAAAAGAACAGCUCGUACAAUUGGGCAAUCCCGUUGUUGAAGACUUGGGCGGUCACGCCGUUCUCGGUGACGAAGUCUUGCUUAUGCUACUAUUGCCACGAGAUCUGGAGCUCCGUCGAUUUCCUACUCUAAAAAGUCCACAGCAGCUUUCGCUUGGAAUGCGUGAUGCUCCGUCGGCUCACAAGCCCGUCACGAUGGUUUUUACGUUUAUUGAAGGAGCUCGACCUCUUGUUCGCUGUCACGCUGAAGAACUUGCCGAUCGUAUCAAGACGUUGUGUAUGGUGGCUCGCGAGCUCCUGCGAAAACACAAUGGCUACGAAUGCCAAGAAUUGCAGGGAGACUUUAUGUUGGCUUUUUUCACACCUGCAAGCGCUAUUUUGUGGUGCGGUGAGUUUCAGCUGCGAAUUUGGCAAAAGUUUCGCGAGUGGGAUCUGGAAAACGAAAAUCAAGAGUUGCGUUUUUCAAUGUCGAUGGGAAUUGAAACGGGUAUUCCUGCUAGUGUAAGUCCGCAUAAGACAAGUGGACGUGCGGAUUACUUUGGCAAUAUAGUGAAUCAGACGGCGCGAAUAGCAAAAGCAGCACAUGGUGGUCAGGUUUUGAUCGGCGGUGACGCUUGGAGUGCUUUCUGUUUGGCGCAAGUAACAUGUCCAAGCCAGCAAAUUAUUGCUAGCGCAGAUAAAAUAAAAGAUAUGCCAGGAUUUACAACAUUUCAAUUCAGGGCACACGGUUACUAUAAUUUUAAGGGAAUUUCGAAGCCGAUUGGGUUGAUUGAAGCAAUUCCUGUUGAUUUGCAGUUGCCCGUAUUGAGCUUGGAUCUCGUCACGCUUGUCCGUGGCCGUGUACCGAAGGCCAAACGCAUUGAUGAAGCGGCGCUCGCGAAUCAAGCAAAGACCGCGGUGCCAGACGUUCCUGGGGAAUUAGUUCGACUUCGACACGGUGGCGAACAGCCCAAUAAUUCGAUUCGUGAGACUGAAUUCGACUUUAAUCUGUCGUGGGACGACAGUAUAUUUGUAUUUGAAGAUAUUGAUGAGGAGGAAGGAGAAAUGGAAGGCGAAGGGCAAGGUCGCGGCUCGGCCAGCCAAAUGGUUUACGGUAGCGUGGCCCUUGCGAUGCGAAAUAGCACACUUAAUCACUCUCGAUUAAUGGCACAGCUACUUUUGUCAGGCAUGGAAAGCUCGACAACAAGAUCAGUACGCAGUCCAAUUACUGCAGCAAGGACUGAAGACAUGAAUAGAGUUUAA